AUGCAGCUCCUCGUGCUCCUCUGCACUGCCUCUGCCCUCGCCCAGGGGCUCACCAGACUGCCCUUGGAAAGGGGGAAGAAGCUGCGAGAGAUCCUCAGGGAGAAGGAUUUGCUGUGCCAGUUCUUCCAGGACCAUCACUAUGACAUUGGCACCAAAUUCCCACAUGCUUUUCCCAAUGGAACCAAAAUGGCCGUGGAGCCCCUGCUGAACGCCCUGGACGUGGAGUAUUAUGGGACCAUCUCCAUUGGCACCCCACCACAGGACUUCUCCGUGGUCUUCGACACCGGCUCCUCCAACCUCUGGGUUCCCUCUGUCUCCUGCACCAGCCUGGCUUGUCAAACCCACCAGGUGUUUGACCCCUCCAAGUCCUCAACCUACAGGAGCACGGGGCAGAGCCUGUCCAUCCACUACGGCACUGGGGAGAUGGAGGGAACUGUGGGCUCCGACACCGUCACCGUUGCAUCUCUGGUGGACACCAACCAGCUCUUUGGCUUGAGCACCGCGGAGCCCGGCGAGUUCUUUGUCCAUGUCAAAUUCGACGGGAUCCUGGGCUUGGGAUUCCCAAACCUGGCAGCUGGUGGGAUCACGCCGGUCUUUGACAACAUGGUGAAUGAGAGCUUGGUGCAGGAGAACCUCUUCUCAGUCUACCUGUCCCAUGAGGCAACAGGGAGUGUGGUCAUCUUCGGGGGCGUCGAUGAGUCCUGUUUCACCGGCUCCAUCCGCUGGAUCUCCGUCUCUUACCAGGGCUACUGGCAGAUCUCCAUGGACAGCAUCAUCGUGAACAGCCAGGAGGUUGCCUGCAGUGGUGGCUGCCAGGCCAUCAUCGACACCGGCACGUCCCUUGUGGCCGGGCCACCCUUGGGCAUCAGCAACAUCCAGAGGGCACUUGGGGCCAGGCAGGACAGCAAUGGAGAGCACAGUGUGAACUGCAGCUCCGUUCCUGCCAUGCCUGAUGUCAUCUUUGUCAUCGAUGGUCUCCAGUACCCUGUGUCUGCCUGGGCUUACACUGAGCAGCACGACCCAGGAUCCUGCACAAGCAGCUUCCAGACCACCUCUGGAGACCUUUGGAUCCUGGGAGACGUCUUCCUCAGGGUGUACUACAGCAUCUUUGACCGGGCCAACAACCGCGUGGGACUGGCCAGGGCUGUUUAGAGCCACCCUGGUGAUGUGGUUUCACCUCCUGCCAGACCACAGCCGUGGGUCUGGGCACAAAUAAAGUGCUGAUGGUUCAGA